GGGGCGGGGUUGCCCUGGGAGACGGGCGCGCGGUGCCGGCCGGGAUUGCGAUGGCGGCCCUCAGUAAGGAGGAAUAUUUGAAGCGGUACCUGAGCGGCUCAGAGCGGGAGUCGGGCCGCCCGGUCCCCAAGCGGAGGAGGAGGAAAGUGAAGAGCAAAACCGGAGGAAUGCGGAUUGUGGAUGAUGAUGUGACCUGGAAGAGCCUUGCGAAGGAGAAGGAAGCAGCGUUAGUGGCAGCAGAGUCAGACGAGGAUGAUGAAGCGCCUGUGGUGGCAGAGUUUGUUGAUGAAAGGCCUGAAAUCAUUCAACAAAUGGAAGAAUUCCGAUUGAGCAAUAAGUGGAAGAGUUUAGGAGAUGAAAAGGAAAACUCCCAAGAGUCUGACCUGUUUUUCCAGACACGCUCAGAUGGCUUGAAUCCAGAUUCUAAGUCUGUACAAAAGAAAAGGACUGAAGAUGAUCCUCAGCUUCCUGAGAGAAAAAUGAGAACAGUUUCACCUGACCUUUCACCUCCCAGGAGGGGACGCCACGAUUUUCCUGACCUUUCACCUCCCAGGAGGGGACGCCACGAUUCUCCUGACCUUUCAUCUUCCAGGAGGGCAAGCCACGAUUCUCCUGACCUUUCAUCUUCCAGGAGGGGACGCCACGAUUCUCCUGACCUUUCACCUCCCAGGAGGGGACGCCACGAUUCUCCUGACCUUUCACCUCCCAGGAGGGGACGCCACGAUUCUCCUGACCUUUCACCUCCCAGGAGGGGACGCCACGAUUCUCCUGACCUUUCACCUCCCAGGAGGGGACGCCACGAUUCUCCUGACCUUUCACCUCCCAGGAGGGGACGCCACGAUUCUCCUGACCUUUCACCCCCUAGAAAAAAACGUGCUAAAAAUACAGAGAAAUGUGUCAGAUCUACAGACUUGCCUUCUAGAAGCACACAGUAUAAUUCCCCUGACCUUUCACAGAGACAACAGGACCCUGAUUCUGACCUUUCACCCCCACGAAAGGGGUGUCAGCAUUCAUCUGACUCAGACCUGUCACCACCACGGAGGAGGAAGUUGGAGACGAGUGAUUUGGACCAUAAACCCAGCUCUGGCUGCUCCGAACCCUCACCCCCUCGGCAUAGGCUGCCCUCCCAUAGACCACCUCUCUUGAGGGGGCAAGGGGCCAGCCAGAACUCGAGUCCAAGUAGAAAGCCACAAGUGAAUGAGAUGCUAUCGGGGGGUCAGGCUGGUCUGAUAUCAGCAGAAGUUCUGAGGAAAGAGAAAGAGGACCGGAGGCAAAGACAGCGAGCAGCAGAGCGUGUGGCAGAUGAUUCCAGAAAUGCCACCACUGUCUUCCGAGACAAAUCAGGGAAAAAGAGGGACUUGGACCAGGAGCGAAUUGAGCACAAGAAGAAGGAAGAGGAGAAAGCAGCAAAACAAGAAAAAUAUGCCCAGUGGGGCAAAGGGGUGGCUCAGGAGGAGCAACAGAGAAAGAACGUCAUUGAUGCUCUUCAUGAGAUGCAGAAACCACUUGCCCGACACAUUGACGAUGAAGACCUGGAUCGCUUCCUCCGUGAGAAAGAGAGAGAUGGAGACCCCAUGGCUGGGCUGAUCAGGAAGAAGAAGGAAAAAGAGGCGAAGAAUAAAAAUGCUUUCGCAGAGAAGCCGAUGUAUAGUGGCCCUGCACCCCCUCCAAAUAGGUUUAACCUCUACCCUGGUUACCGCUGGGAUGGAGUGGACAGGUCGAAUGGAUUUGAACAGAAGCGGUAUGCCAGACUGGCGGAUAAGAAGGCAGUGCAGGAGAUAGCAUACAAAUGGAGUGUAGAGGAUAUGUAAUCUGCUGAAGGAGAUUCCUGUCCCUGCACACAUCUUGAAUCUCUGUGGACAAUGUGAUGAACAAAAACUUCACUGCAAGUGGUUUCCUUAACCCUAUGGGGUCUAAAUAUCUGGGGACAAUCGAGAAGCUGAAAAUCUUUUUAUUCCUGUUAAUAUUUUGUUAUUUUUGAAUAUAAAGUUUGUACUGUGUGGUUACAGGCUAUUGGGGACAGUCUGUCUUGUGAAUUGUUAUCUUGGUGAUUUGUCAUCCAGACCGACUGUGUCUAUGGCUCUUAACUGGCGAUUGGGCUAUUCCUGUCAUUCCCCCAUUCAAUACUUUACUGACAUUGUUUCCAAAUUUGAGUUUAUUUUUGGAUUUAUCUAAAUUCAUUUAUUUUUGAACCUUUCACAGCUGAAAAUCUGGAUGCUUUAACACACAUUGAGCUGUCAUUGUAUUGAAAGCUGUGAUCAGUUUUUCUAUAACAUGUAGAAAUGAAUCAGUAAAGAUGUUUUCCAGAAAUAUUUUGAGAAAUGGGGGACUUUAGGGUGCCCGCUGUCUUUAAUUGCAACCUCACUUGUUGCGCCAUCACUAAGGACACCCAUUUCUACUUCCAUAGUAUGGUCCCUGCCUCAGCUCAUCUGUUGCUGAAGUCUUCAUCUUUGAUUUUUAACGCCAGGCAUGAUUAUUUUAAUACCUCCCAUCUUCCAUAAACUUAAUAUCAUCCAAAACUCUGCUGUCGAAAUCUCACCAAAUUCCGUUCACCUAUCCACCACUGGGCUCACUGAUCUACAUUGGUUCCCAGUUAUUCAACGCCUCGAUUUUAAAUUCUCCCUGUUGUUUUCAAAUCCUUUCAUAGGCUCGCUGUUCACUAUGUCUGUAACAUACUCCAGCAGAUAACCCUACACCUGUUCCUCAGGUUGUGCCUCCUUGUGCUUUCUCGAUUUUAAUCGCUCCAUCAUAGGCAGCUGUGUGUUCAUUUGCCUGGGCCCUAAGCUCUGGAAUUCCCUUCCUAAACCCCUCUCUUUACAGCCCUUUCCCCCUCUAUGAUGCUCCUUAAAACCUAUUCCAUUGACCCCAGAGGUCAGUAUUGGGCCCACUGUUUUCUUGAUCUAUGUUAAUGACACCAUGCCUUGGGUGUGCAGAGCACGUUUUAAAAAUCUGCAGACAACACAACUUGGAACUAUUAUGAACUGAGAGAAACAUGGUAAUAUACUUCAGGAAGAUAUAGAUAGGCUAGUCUUCCUUAGACACAGGGGUGGUGCCAGAGGACUGGAGAAUUGUGAAUGUUACACCCUUGUUCUUAAAGGAGUGCAAGGAUAAAGCCGGCAACUACAGACCAGUCAGUUUGACUUUAGUAGUAGGGAACCUUCUGGAAACUCUUGUUCGGGGAAAAAUCAAUCGUCGCUUAGACAAGUGCAAGAUAAUUAUAGAAAGCCAGCAUGGAUUCAUUAAGGGAAAAUCAUGUUUAACUAACUUGCCUUAGUUUUUUUUUGAGGAGAUAACAAAGAAGGUUGAUAAAGGAAACACUGUUGAUAUGGUGUAUAUGGAUUUUCAAAAAGCAUUUGAUACAGUGCCAUACAAUAGACUUGUGAACAAAAUUCUAGUCACGGAAUAAAAGGGAGAGUACACUUGGAUAAGAAAUUGGCUGAGUGAUAGGAAACAAUGAUUAGUGGUUAAUGGAUGUUUUUCAGGUUGGAGGGAGGUUUAUAGUGGAGUUCCCUAGGAGUUAGAGUUGGAACUCUUGCUCUUCCUGAUAUAUAUUAAUGACCUAGACUGUGGUGUUGAGAGCACAAUUUUGAAAUUUGCAGAUGACAUGAAGAUUGGGAACGUUGUCAACUGUGAUGUGGGUAGUCUUGAACUGGAGGAUUGUUGAAUUGGGCAGUCAAGUGGUGGAUGAAGUUCAAAGCAAAGAAGUGUGAGGUGAUUCUUUUUGGCAGGAAGAAUAUGGAGGGACAGUUUAAAGUAAAGGGAGAAACUCUAAAGGAGGUGCAGGAACAGAGGGACCUCGGUGUCUAUGUACAUAAGCCAUUGAAGACAGCAGCGCAUGUUCAGAGAGUGGUUAAUAAAGCGCAUAAUAUCUUAGGCUUUACUAAUAGGGGCAUUGAAAACAAGAGUAAGGAGGUCAUGUUAAACUUGUUGCUGUUACAAAGAGCCAACAUGGACACAGCAGCCCAAAUGUUGUCCUCCUGAGCUUUAAUGUCUAUGGUUGUAUCUGUCCCAUUAUCCAUUAGUAGUUUGUUGUCUUGUCAAAUUUUGUUCGAUGCUACUCCCAUGAAUCUCCUUGGUAAAUUUUACUAUGCUGAUGGUGCUAUAUAAAUGCAAAUUGUUGUAGUGUGUGAGGCCAUUCUGUCUAUACCUGGUAUGACUAACCCCUCCAUUCAGCUGCUAUAGCCACCCCCCCUGCACACUCCUGAUCACGGUGGGAUUCUGUGGAAGUGAGCGCACCCCCCCCCGUCAAUACAUUUUAUUGCAAACUGGAUUUUUUGUGAUUUAGAAAGCAAUUUCUGGAGGAGAAUUUUGAAUACACAAGCUUAAGAAUC